AUGGAGCCUCUCUCCAGAUUCCAUGGCCCUGCCUGGCACAAACUCUCAUGCGAUGAAGGCUAUCAACUCAAGUUCCCUUCAGUGGUGGAGCUGUCUGAAUUUGGGUCAAACUUUACGAAUGGCUUCACCAGCCUUUCACCAGGCGUGCUUGUGAGCGACACCGAAUUGCCAUUGGAGAAGCGACAGUAUACCUGCGAUCCCGGCUAUGUGCUAUGUUCGAACAUGGCCAAGUGCUGCCCAGCAGGAGACGAAUGCUUUGCCGAAGGCUGCUGCCCUUCCGGCUCAAUCCCAUGCGGUGCCAUCAACCCCAGCAAGUGCCACUACUCCCCCACCGAGAAAUGCUGCGCAGGCGGGUCCUGCAGGAAGGACUACGACUGCUGCGAGAGACAGUGCUGCUCUCCUGUGGGAUACUGUGCCUCGGAUGGGUAUUGCUCUGCGAAGCCGUGCUCUGUCACGUCGACCGUGAACGCCGUUCAGACGAGAUCUACGGUGGUUACGUCGACGAGGAGAGCUACUGUGACUGUUUUCGACGCUGAGGAAGAGCAAGCGGGCGAAGCGUUGCCGGAGUUUACAUGCCCUGCCACCACUUUCACCGAGGAUGGAAACAGUGCUUCACUCGAGCUCGGAGACAACUGCAAGCUCACGCUCCAUGUCAACGAAGCCGAAGAGUCAUCUACGCCCGCACUUCGUCGAGAUGCAACCCCAACGACCACCACAGCUGCACCAGCGCUCAAUCGUAGACAAGACAUCACCUGCACAGCAACUCUGAGAGGCACCACGACCAUAGCCUCAACAUCGUGGACUACGAGCAACGUGACGGUCACAGAAGCCCCAUCAGCUCUCCCAGAGUUCUCCUGCCUUGCCAUUGUUGUCACCAACUCCGCGGGCGAUGAGCUUGCCCUGGGUGAUGACUGCAGCCUUGAGUUUACGCCUGCAGAGGAGUCUGCGGGGGCACAGGGCGAUAGCGAGAACGAUUCGGGGAGUGCGGAUGGGACGUCGACUUCGCCUGAGUCGAGUUCGUUGACUGGGCCGCUAUCUGCUUCGACAUCUGGCGCCAAGCGGAACAGGAUGAGUCUUGGGCUGGUGGUUUGGUGCGGUGUGCUUUUCCUGAUGUGGAUGCUGCUUUGA